UGCCUUAGGCUUGUUCUCGCGCACAGAUUUUUUUUUUAACCUCUCGCUCCAGGAAUCCGGCGUUAUGGCUUCUGUCUCUCCUAUGGUUUUCUUUUUGGGCCUUCUGCUCCUCUGUACUCCGCAUGGCGGAACCGGCCUGCACACCAAGGGGGCCCUUCCCCUGGAUACGAUCACUUUUUACAAGGUCAUUCCCAAAAGCAAGUUCGUCUUGGUGAAGUUCGACACACAGUACCCCUACGGUGAGAAGCAGGAUGAGUUCAAGCGUCUUGCUGAAAACUCGGCCUCCAGCGAUGAUCUCUUGGUGGCAGAGGUGGGGAUCUCAGGUAUGGACAAGUCCAGGACAACUGGGGAGGGCAGCAAGGGAGGAAGCUAGGAAUUGUUUCCCUAUUUGGAAGGAGAAUUUCCAGUACUUUUUCUUCUGAGCCGCCCUCAGAGUAUGAGUGGGUUCAUGGCUUCUCAAAGAAUCUGGUGCCCAUGGUAAGCUUAGCCUGAGCUGAUUCUGGGACCAUGAUGCCUUGCAGGUAUUUCCUCCCUAAAUCGUUAGGAACU